AUAUAAAUUCUUGUUGUUUGUCUUUGGUAUUGCGUGGCGCUCCGCUAGUUUUAAAAAUCAGCCUGUAAAAAGAAGAAAUCUGGGUCCAAAGAUCAACAAUUGAAAAAAUCUAUGUAUUUGAUCUAAAAAAGUUCAAAGUUCAAUCAAUAUCGAGCGACAUUUGACUAAUUUUGAGGGCGACAGGUGAUUUUUAUUUGUUAAGGAAGUUACGAAGAAAGUUUCACUUUUGUGUUCAAGAAAUCAAUAUUUAAAUAAUUAAAAUGAAUACCGGGAAAUUAGCUGGUCGCACACUUUUCAUUACAGGAGCAUCAAGAGGAAUUGGAAAAGCGAUUGCAUUGAAAGCUGCUCAGGAUGGUGCCAAUAUUGUAGUGGCAGCUAAGACAGCCGAACCGCACCCAAAACUCCCUGGAACAAUCUAUACCGCUGCCGAAGAAAUUGAGAAAGCCGGUGGCAAAGCUCUGCCUUGUAUAGUCGAUGUACGCGAUGAAAACCAAGUUAAGAGUGCCGUCAAAAUGGCAGUUGAAAAGUUUGGAGGUAUCGAUAUACUCGUAAACAACGCCAGUGCCAUAUCACUAACACAAACUGCCCAAACUGAUAUGAAACGUUAUGAUCUCAUGCACAGCAUCAACACCCGAGGAACUUUUUUGGUUUCCAAGGAAUGUUUACCAUUUUUGGAAAAGAGUAACCAUGCCCACAUUUUGAACAUUUCACCUCCUCUGAAUAUGUCACCACUUUGGUUUGGCAACCAUGUUGCCUACACAAUGGCCAAAUACGGUAUGUCAAUGUGUGUCCUUGGCAUGGCUGAGGAAUUCAAAAACAUCCCCAUAGGAGUGAAUGCUCUCUGGCCACGUACUGCUAUCCAUACUGCAGCUAUUGAAAUGUUAAGCGGUCCCGAUAGUAAUCAAUUCUCAAGAAAACCCGAAAUUAUGUCCGAUGCUGCUUAUGCCGUUUUGUGUCGUGAACCAAAGGCAUGUACAGGAAAUUUCUUUAUUGACGACGAGGUCCUUACAGCCGAAGGGAUAACCGAUCUAAAGCAAUAUGCUUGUGUUCCUGAAAAUGCUGACAAAUUGAUGGGUGACUUUUUCCUAGACACAACUGAUAUGUCGAAGGAAAUCAAUAAAGUAGGAACAACAGUGAAAAGUGAUGGCAGUAUCCCGAAGUUGUUUAAGAAAAUCGAAGGUCUACUAAGUGAUGAGUUAGUUAGUAAGACACAAGCAAUCUACCAAUUCAAUGUAGAGGGCAAUGAAAAGGGUGUUUGGUUCUUGGAUUUAAAGACUGGAUCAGGCAAAUGUGGUCAAGGAACACCACAAACAAGCCCCGAUGCUAUUUUAACAAUGUCAUCGGACAAUUUUAACGAUAUGUUUGCAGGAAAAUUGAAGGCUCCAACAGCUUUUAUGUCGGGAAAAUUGAAAAUAAAUGGAGAUCUUCAUAAAGCCAUGAAACUCUCUAAACUAAUGGAUGGUUUUAAGUCGAAGUUGUAGUUUAAUUUAUAUAUUUUGUUUUAGAUAAAAAUGGAAAUUUGUUAAUUUUUGCAUUGGAAAUAUACUUGUAUUUUUAUACUUAAAAUUU